UUGAGCGUCCGUCGGCGUGAUCCUCUUCCGGAGUGGGAUCCUAGCGUUUAUUAUCGUAGUUUGAUCAUUUCCGAACUGCCGAGUACAGACGAAGUUGCAUUGAACAACAUGACGGAGUUCUUCACCGCCCAGGGACUUCCGCCAGUUUUAGUGCGAUAUUUUGCACCCGGACGCAAAAUUCCAUCCGAUCUCAAGCGCUCCCAAGGAUUGCACCCGCUACUUGGCACAAAAGCCAGCUCAGUUGUCGAAUUCAGCACUCGAGAACAAGCUUCAAAAGCUAUUGCCGUCAUCAACCUAAAAUGCCCUGGAGCUUAUGUUCAUUUUUUGAGUGACGGUGCAAAGAAAGCAUCCGAUGAGAAUCCGAAAAAGAAAGAAAAAAGAGAAAAGAAAUCGUGA